AUGCUCCCUUGGGCCUUCCGCCGCCUCCCAGGCCCCCACCAGGAGAUGUUUAGGUACCAGGAGGCUGUUCAGGGCUACCUCUGCCAGGAGAUCAACAGACACAAACUCAGCGCCUCUGAAGCCCCCAAGGCCUUCAUCAGCUGCUACCUGGCCCAGAUCACCAAGGUGGACGACCCUGUCUCCACAUUCAGUGAGGACAACCUGAUCCAGGUGGUGAUCGAUCUGUUUCUGGGAGGCACGGACACCACGGCCACUACCCUGCGCUGGGCACUCUUCUAUAUGGUCCAGCACAGAGCCAUCCAGGGGAAGGUGCAGCAGGAGCUGCACACAGUGCUCGGCACCUCUGGGGCGGUCCGCUACGAGGAUCGAAAGCGACUGCCCUACACCCGCGCGGUUCUCCACGAGGUGCAGCGCGUAAGCAGCGUCGUGACCGUGGGCGCUGUGCGCCAGUGCGUGACCUCCACUCGUGUGCAAGGCCACCCUGUGCCCAAGGGCACCAUCAUAUUGCCCAACCUGGCCUCUGUGCUCUAUGACCCUGAGUGUUGGGAGACCCCCCAACAGUUCAACCCUGGCCACUUCCUGGACAAGGAUGGAAACUUCCUGGUCAAUGAAGCCUUCCUACCAUUCUCUGCAGGGCAUAGGGUGUGCCUAGGGGACCAGUUGGCUCGGAUGGAGCUUUCUCUGAUGUUUGCCACCCUCCUCAGGACCUUUCAGUUCCAACUGCCAGAGGGGAGCCCAGGGCUCAGGCUGGAUUACGUCUUUAGGGGCACUCGGCAGCCCCAGCCCCAGAAGAUCUGUGCCGUGCCUCGUCUGAGCUGCCCCAACACAGGUCCUAGAGAGGAGGGCUUGUAGCCAGCAGGAGUCUGGAGACUGUCUUCCACAAAGUCCUUCCUCAGUCUCUCUUGGCUCCUGCAAAUUUGAAGAGCAGCUCAGCUGCCCAU